AUGGAGCAGUAUGUUAACUGAUUAGCCCAAGUAUAUCCUGGGGAUGGCUUUUCCUAUUGAGGAAACUGGACACGAAGCUGGAAAGGGUUUUUCCCAGAGUUCACAAGAUGCUUCUUGGCUAAACAGGAAAACUUAUCUAGAGCAAUAAUAGACCUUUCACCAUGCCCAUUUUAUCUUAAGCUAAUCAGAUAUUUGAUAGUUUGCUAUUUCUAUGGAAGGCGACCUAUCUGAUGCCAGCAAGGUGAUAUAAUAAUAUAA